CAGACACAAUCUAGAACCAUACAUUCAUGUCAACUAAAAAAAAAUCUACAGAGUGAACAACUUUGACAUCCCUUGCUUGUGGAACGCUGCAGUUUGAGUUUAUUAUUCUUUUAUAUUUAUAAGUUACCUCAACUAAUUAUUGUAUCAAAAUUUGUAAUUUAAUAAACUAAUUUACAACUUAUAACUAUUCAAUGCUAUGCAUAUAUCAGCUAUUAUCUAGCGACUAGUUUUUGGAGUAAUUUUUGUCAGAUAUAUUUUAAAAACAGACUAUACUUGCAAGCUUCCAACCAUGCUUCUAGUGUUCUGCUAAGUAACAGAAAAAGUGCAGAGAGUUUGAUAAUGAAAAAGCACAGGCAUAUGCGAGAAAGAUGGUGUAGGUGGGUAAGAUUGGGAAGUAAAGUGUAAUAAUUAUAUAUAUGGCAAGAGAUAUCUGUUGGAGAAGGCAAUUGACAUGAGCCAAGUUAGUCAGAAUUAGGCAGAGUAAUGCAUAAAACAACAAUUUUUUGUUGGUUGGUAUUACUUAACUCCUUCCUACAAAACAAUCAUUCUUUUGGGGUCCUAUAAAAUUUAUUCUCAUAAUUCAACUACUUAAGCUUUUCUAUGAAGCAGAAGAGAGCGAUUUCCUCUUUGUUACUUCACAUUUGCCUCAAAGUGUCCUCUGUUUGUGAAAUGGAUAGAAAGCAAGAACAAGAGAAGGGGAACUCAAACAUGUCUGGCAUUGAUGUUACUGUAAUAACUCCAAAAGUCCCAAAAGCAGUUUCACCUGUUUCUUCUGCAGCAGAGGGGGACACCUUAAGGCGGCCACGUGGAAGGCCAGCCGGCUCAAAAAACAAGCCUAAACCACCAAUAAUUGUCACCAGAGAAAGUGCCAAUGCACUGAAGGCUCAUGCUAUGGAAGUGAGUUCAGGCUGUGAUGUGAAUGAAAGUUUGUUGAACUUUGCAAGGAGAAAGCAACGUGGCCUUUACAUACUCAAUGGAACAGGCUGUGUGACAAAUGUAACACUGCGCCAACCAGGGUCAUCUGGUGCCAUUGUGACCCUUCAUGGUAGGUUUGAGAUUUUGUCACUGCUGGGGUCAAUCCUUCCCCCACCAGCCCCUCCAGGGAUCACAGGCCUCACAAUUUACUUGGCAGGUGCUCAAGGGCAAGUUGUGGGAGGUGCUGUGGUUGGUGCUUUGAUUGCUUCAGGCCCUCUUGUAAUCAUGGCUGCAUCAUUCAUGCAUGCUACUUUCGAUCGUCUGCCUUUGGAAGAUGAUGAACUUUCUGCUGCAAUGCAGAAUCAGCAUUACCAAAAUGGACGCACUCACCAUCUUGACAUCUCUGACUUGUAUGCAAUGCCACAGAACCUGCUCAUGAAUGGUACAAUGCCCCAAGAGAUAUACUCUUGGGCACCAGGGCGGAACUUGUCAAAAACCUGAAACUUACCACACUCUUGGUCAGUUGUUGUGUUACAUCCAUACAAUGCACUGUAGUGUAGGUAUUAUAUUUUCAGGAUCUUGUACAAGCAAGGGGUCUUCUAAGCUUGAUGGUGCUUAACAAGAUCAUAUGCUUAAUGCUUCUUCUACUGUAUUCACAAUACAAUUAUUUUAGCAGAUUAGUGAGUGUUAUGAUUUUCAAUACAAUAAGAUCUACUUUUCAGAGUUAAUACUUUUUACUGCUGAAUUUGGUUUCAGAACUUCGAAGCAAAAAAAUGCAUGAAGCACAGAAAUUAAGAUUAGCAAGUCUAGCAGGUUCAAACCCCCAUCACCAAUGAAAAAAAAAAAAUACUUUAGGUACCACUAGACUAAACCAGGUAACAGUAAAAGUUGAAUAAGUAUUAAUACUGAAUAACUUUCUUUUUUCUGGAAACGUAAAAUAAGGAUUCGGAUCACCUUAUGCUUAGGUCAGCGUUGCAGA